UCUCUCUCCCUGUCACACACAGACCCUCCCAGCCUGUUAGGCUCGCAAGGCCUGUAUGUGUGUAUGUGUGUGUCCCCCCCUUUUUACACACACAGAGAGAGUCCCGCAGCCGCAGCGCCUUGAGAAGUGCGAAGGCCUUAGGGAUGCCGCCGCUGUGAGCUGCGCCCCGCCUCCCUCCACCUCCUCCUCCUCCUCCGCUUCCCCUUCCCGUCCUUCUUCCUCGUCGUCGUCGUCGUCGUCCCCGCCGGUGUCCGUCCCUCCCCGGGCCGGGCCGGGCCGGUCCCUCCAUCCGCCCGGCCGAGGCCCGCCUUUCCCUUGCCGGAGGGCGGCCCGGCCCCGUCCGGUCCUCGCCGCCAUGGGCCGGCCCGUCCUGGGGCUGCUGACCGGCCUCCUGGGGACCUGCCUGGCCGCCACCGUCCCCCCUCCGGGCCGGACUUCGGAUAAUUUAUUUCCUAAUCAUGUGGCCGAGAGUGCCAUGAAAUUCCCCGGAUUGUGCAAGUUUUGUGAUGUGGAAUCAACUAUCUGCACCAACCAGGGGGUCUGCAAGAGCAACUGCAGCAUCACUUCUAUCUGUGAGAAUACCUUUGAUAUCUGUGCAGCUGUUUGGAGAAAGAAUGACGAAAAUAUAACCUUGGAGACCAUCUGCCAUGAUCAGAGGCUCCCACUCCAUGGCUUUGACCUAGAUGACAUUGGAUCUUCAAAAUGUAUGAUGAAGGAAAAAAAAAUGCUUGGAGAAACAAUGUUCAUGUGUUCCUGCAGCUCUGAGGAAUGCAAUGAUUUGCUUUACUUCUCAGAAGAAGUCGCCGCCAACCCAGAGCUGAUGGCGGUGACGGUGAUCAGCCUCCUCCCCCCGCUGGGGAUCGCCGUCGCUGUGAUCGUCACCUUCUACUGCUACCGGGUGCAGCGCAGGCGGAAGCUGAACACGGCCUGGGAGAAGAGCUCGAAGGGCCGGAAGCACAUGGAGUGCAGCGACCGCUGCGCCAUGAUGAUCGACGACGACCGCUCCGACAUCAGCUCCACCUGCGCCAACAACCUCAACCACAACACCGAGCUGCUGCCCAUCGAGCUGGACACCCUGGUGGGGAAGGGAAGGUUCGCCGAGGUCUACAAGGCCAAGCUGAAGCAGAACACGUCCGAGCAGUUCGAGACGGUGGCGGUGAAGAUCUUCCCCUACGAGGAGUACGCCUCCUGGAAGACGGAGAAGGACAUCUUCUCCGACAUCAACCUGAAGCACGAGAACGUCCUCCAGUUCCUCACGGCCGAGGAGCGGAAGACGGAGCUGGGCAAGCAGUAUUGGCUGAUCACCGCCUUCCACUCGCGGGGGAACCUGCAGGAGUACCUGACCCGGCACGUCAUCAGCUGGGAGGACCUGUGGAAGCUGGGCAGCUCCCUGUCGCGGGGCAUCGCCCACCUGCACAGCGACCACACCCCUUGCGGGCGGCCCAAGACCCCCAUCGUGCACAGAGACCUGAAGAGUUCCAACAUCCUCGUCAAGAACGACCUGACCUGCUGCCUCUGUGACUUCGGGCUGUCCCUGAGGCUGGAUCCCACGCUCUCCGUGGACGACCUGGCUAACAGCGGGCAGGUCGGCACAGCGAGAUACAUGGCUCCUGAAGUCUUGGAGUCCCGAAUGAACUUAGAGAACGUUGAGUCUUUCAAGCAAACUGAUGUGUACUCCAUGGCUCUGGUCCUCUGGGAGAUGACCUCUCGCUGCAACGGAAUAGGAGAAGUUAAAGACUACGAACCUCCCUUCGGUUCCAAGGUGAGAGAGCAUCCCUGCGUAGAAAGCAUGAAGGACAACGUGUUGAGAGAUCGAGGACGGCCCGAGAUACCCAACACGUGGCUCAGUCACCAGGGGAUCCAGACGGUGUGCGAGACGCUGACAGAGUGCUGGGAUCACGACCCCGAAGCUCGGCUCACGGCUCAGUGCGUGGCGGAGCGGUUCGGCGAACUGGAGCACCUGGACAGGCUGUCGGGGAGAAGUUGUUCGGAGGAGAAGAUCCCCGAGGACUGCUCCGUGAACGCUACCAAAUAGCCACCGGGGCAGGCCGGACGGAGGCCGCUCCUCCCAUCCCGGACACGGAGCGGGAAGCGGGACCGGAGAAACGUGUGGACGGGCUUCCUGUGAACCCCGGGUCGGGGGGAGAUUCUCACCAUUUCCCGGAAGCUCUGGCUCCGGAGAGGAACGAGGGUUUCUGGGAACCGGCGGCAUCGGGGAGUGGGUGACAUAUAGCAUUCUGAUGCCUUCGACGUGGUUAUAGGAUAAGCUGUGUUAGCACUUCCUCAGGAAAUGUUUUCUUUACAUUAGCCAAUAACAGUUGCACUUUAUUAAUGCCUGUACAUAACUAUAAAAUAGCUAUGUCUAUAUAUGUAUAUAUACAUAUAUAUAUAUAUAUAUAUAUAUUUUCAGCCAGACUCUGAAAAGAGGAAAGGAAAGCGCCUCCAGGAAAUUACGGUUGCAUUAAUGAUGAGCUCCGGACCUGAGCGGCACCCUGGGGCCCCAAGACGGCAUUAUACAACCCCGAAUGCAAAAACGCCACACCAGCUAAAGGGGAAAUUCAAAUCAGGAAGAUGGACUCGACGGCACACUGGCUCCCGGCACCGUUUUCCCCCAAGAGCCCGAAGGCUCGCACUCGACAGGCCUGAAUCUUGGGCCGAAUCUCGGCCGCGUAGGCUCGGUUCAGUUGAGCCCCGGGGGCCUUCCUCACGAUAUGUAUGAAGCUGGUUUUCGAGACCCUUUCAGGGGCGGAGCCACCUCUCACGGGCGUCUGCACCACAUUCCGUAAAAUGACCCAGACUUGCCUUUCGGCCCGUACCUCCGGGUGAAAGGUCAGUUUCCGCUCGAGGUUUACGGCCUUGAACUUCUCUCUCUGCGUCGCCGGGCUGAGGGGGGAGAGAAAAGCCAUGAUGCGGUUUUCUCAGAGCCACCCGGGAAGUCCGCCGUGGCCAGGCAGAUGUUUUAUAUUUGCCAGACGUUCUGAGGAGGUCCUGCUUUUCCCCUCCUCUGUCGGUUUGCAUCUUGCCAAAAAAAAGAAAACCAAAAAGCCCGCCGAUCAUCCCACCGCGGGAGACCCCGGCCUUACAUUUCUCGAUAUCUCUCUCGUGACCUCUAGCUUUCUAUGCAAAAGCCGAUGACCUAUACACCCCCACUCCCCCGGUCCCCCGUGAAUGCACACGGACACUUUGGCACUGCGGAAAGGAGCUGCACUGCAGUACCGCCGUUCUCAGGCCUGCCGCCCUGCAGGGAAGGCCCGCAGGAAGCGCGUGCGGCGGGCGCUCUCUGCCGGCCUCUCGUCCUCAGCCUCCCCUACACCCGGCUCAAGCCGGACUCCGGUUGGAUUAUAAACGGCCGCCGCCACGCGGGGACGCCGGGCACCGCGACGUCGCAGCUUUAACCCCGUUCCGUACGAUGAUCGUCCACGGCCGCCGAGGCCCGUGCCCGCGGCCGUCGGGUCGCCACCUGAAGCGAGCCUGUGGCUCCCUUCCCUUCCCCCCGCCUUCCCCCGGCUAGCUAGCGCCAAAGAGAGAAACGGGUCGCGGGUCCCGCGGCCACUUUAGGAAGGCGGGGACACGGUGCUAGGGCCUGGCGGUAUCGCUUUGCUGAUCAAUAAGAAUCGCGUUUAUCCACGUAGGAGUUUUAAGAUUUCAAGAGAAGAGGUUUUGUUUAAAAUGCAUUUCUAGCGUCUCGUUUUCAGUUAAACUAGUUAAACAUUUUUUUUCAAGUGGCAGACGAUCAGCGGUUCCGUGUUCACGGGGUCAGAGCGGAUUGGGGAGUCUUCAGAAGGAUCAGAAACGGAGGAUUGGGGGGGGGGGUGAUAAAGGGUCCGUUAGGGGGCUACCGGGACGGUUUGGAUUCAAGCCAUUCCCCCCUCGCUCGCUCUGGGCCGUCGGCCAGCCGGCACCCAUCGACCCCUAGCGAAGAAUACUCCGGUACCGUUAACUACGCGGGGAGAGGAAAGGCGCUCUGUAACUCCCCGGUCAGGACCAUAAACUGGAAUGUAAUGUAAGAUUACACAAUGGCCUGUUGUUGUCUCAUCCGAGAACGAAGUCCAAGGAACAGCACGUCGUAGAUCCCGAAAAUACUGACUUUUUUUAAACUACUAUACGUAAAGGGAAAUCUUUAUUCUUCUAUGGAACACUUCGACUGUACAUCGUGUAUGAAAUAGGAAUGUGAAUGAUAUAAUCUUUUUUAUCAGAUGUCUCCGCACUUAUUUUCCUUCGAAGCAGUGUUUGUUUUUUGCAUAAAUCUAAUGUUUAUAGAUUAAAUAAAGCAAUAACACUCAGGAAA